ACGGCGCAAGAUGGCUGUUUGAGUCUUGUUUUUAUUUUUGGCCCUUUUGCUUUGCUAAAGAAAUUCUCUUUUUGCUUGAUGUUGUAGAUAAUGGAAACCGAUCACCUUUUUCGGAUGUAGACACUUUAUUAGCAAUUUAGCAUUAUGUCUUCUCAAAGGGCAGAUCAGGUCACGUUAUCGGACAACAAACCUGUGAUAGGGCUUCGUCCGAUCAAGGAAAGGAACAAGAGAUCAGAAGCUUUGAUUAAGGAACAGCUUCUUAUUAUGAGAGGAACUCAGGAUGCUCUACAGAAAACCCUACAGAACCUUGGAAAAGCUGCUGCAGAGGAUGAUCAUGAAAAAAGUAAGGAAGAAUUAGAGCAACUAUUUAGCAAAAGUGAAGAGCUGCUUGUAGUUAUUCAGGUUUUGAUGAAGAUUCGGAAUGAGCUAGCAUAUGCACAACUAGACCUGGAGAGAGCUAUAAAAGUGAAUUCUGGGGUUGAUGCAGCCAAAAAGAGGGUGAAAUGGCUUCAAGACAGACUGGAAAAAGUACUGCUUAUAGCUAAAAGCUACUGUCACUUAUACAACAGGUUGUUGCUAGCAAGAAGCAAGACCUCUGAGACCCCUGAAUUAGGAUUAAAAGAUCAGAUUUCUGAAAAGCUGUGGAAUCAACUCACAGAGGGACAACAACAACUACUUGAUAAUGAAAAAGGGAGACCAGCUAGUACACUGGACAACAAACAGGCAGCACCUAUUGUGAAGGAAAUUGCUAAAAUGCAGUUGGCAGGCUCCAAGGCACUUGGAUCAAUCUCAGCGACUUCUGUUGAUGAAAAGGAAAGAGAUGAACAUCCAGUUAUACACGUAGUAACUGACACUGUUCUACAGAAUGAGAAGGACAAUACUUUCAGAGAAAAGAGCUUGUCUCAAAAAAGGAAACAACGGAAGAGGUCACAUGGCUCCAAAGGUGGUAGUAAUCAGUCAUCAUCUCACAACUUGAUGCAGAUGUUUCCUCCAACAACUCCAAAGGAGGAUCAGUCUGAUCAAGAAUCUGAUACCACUGCUGAACCACAAUCAGAACCAGAGGAUUUUGAUGAUCAACGAUCUGUUUCUGUGGUUAGUUCUGUGGGCAUUCAUGACUUAGAGGGACAUGAAGCUGUUACCAAGGACAUUCCAACAGUGGAGGUUUCUGAGACAGCUGAUACACCAUUUGAUACAGAAGGUUCACCAAAAAGCAAAACUGACAGAGCAAGGCUUGGAAACUUGAGAGCAAUUUCUACAGCAGACACAAGGAAUGAGGAAGGUGAAAACAUGGAUGAUGAUGAUAAGGUCGCAGAGUACUGGAACUCAGAUCAUCACAAGUUUGAAUGGUCAAAUUAUAUGCAGAGUCUGGAUUCACGUUCUUGGCAUGCCCUUGGGCUGGGAGUACCUGAGAGUUUUUUGUCAAGAGAAAAGCCACAUUUUGACCCAGAACUUCCUUGGAAAGAGAAACCAAUGAAAGUCACCAGUGUCAUUGAUGUGCAUAAAAUUGCACUUGACAAGUUGCUGUUGAGACUUCACAAAAUGUAUGAGGCGAUUGGGCAAGCCACUCAGACAACAAUAGACCCCAUUUUGAAAGAUCAAAAAAUUGAGACAGUGAUGGGAAAACUUGAACUGGAACUAGAGGGAGGCUCAGCUAUGGAAAAACAGCAGGUUGCACCACCACCAGUAUCAAAACAUGCAAGUCAUAUCAGUUUGCCGCAUAUUGGAAGCCCAAUAGCUCGGCAGAAGAGUACAUUUUCCACUGAGAAGUACCCAGUCAUCAUACAUGAGCCUUCAGCUGUUAGAACAGCCAGACGUAAUCCAAAGAAACUGUAUCCCCAGCACUCCUCAUCUUGGUGUGAAGAUUUCGAAGGAGGUUAUAGAAUUCCAAGAAUUUUCAAAGUGAAAUCAAAACAAAAACUCCAGAGUGCAAAAGGCAUUGUGCAGCCACGUUAUUUGCCAAGGAAAGAGGAAAGUCCUAAAAGUGAGCGGCAAGUUAUUGAAUUAGAUCUUGCCAAUACAUCCUUGUGGAAGCCAUCUAUGCUAAAGAAAAUAGUUACAGCAUUGAAAGCAUUUACGCCAAUGCAGAGAGAGCAGUCAUUAGUUGUACAAGGUGAUGGUCCCAGGUGGAACAGAAUUCAGACUUUGUUGAGUGAAAGAGGUGUGUUGUCUUCAAAUUCAACAGUAGCUGCGGAAGCUGUAAAGACUAUUGGUCAGCUCAAGUGCCGCGAGAAGUGUGUUAUAGAUACCUUGACUGAAGUGAUAAAACGACAAAAAGACCCAAAAGUCUGCUAUGAAGCAAGCAAGGCAUUAAUCUUAUUAGGGACAUGGGAUCCUUACGGUAUGGCAGUUAUAAGACAAUACAUCAAGAAAGGCAAUAAGGAUGUUGUGUUGGAAUUAUUAUCAACAAUGACUAAAGCUAGAGAUAUAGCUUUUGUGGACAAGACCACCAAAGAGUUUAAGCAGAUGGUCAGUUUACUAAUACACACUGUAAAGACCCAGUCUCCCGAGCUAGCAUUUCAUGCAGCAGUGAGUCUUGGUCGAUUGUGUGUGGUUGAACCAGUCUCAAAGAUGUACCUCAUCACCAGGCUUCCUGGGUUGUCUCCACGUGACAAGGGAGAGGCAUUGUACGUUUUGAUUAAACAAAUGAAUUGUAAGGAAAAACUGGUUUUGGAUGCGUUAUUAGAACAGCUGAGUACGGCUCACAACUGGAAGCUAAGAAUGGAGGCAGCUGAUUUACUCAUUUUUGUUGGACCAAGAGACGUCUUUAAAGUGAAAAGUUCGGAUGAAGUAUUUGAUACACUGGAAGAGCUUCUUUGGGAUCACGCUAACAAGGAAUUGAGAAGUAAAGUGUCCGAAGCAUUGAGCUCGCUUGGCUUGCGACAAAGAGCAUGUCAACUGGUGCUAAGACGACUAGAAGACCCAGCAGAAGAAGUUCGCGGGCGUGCAGUCAUUUCCUUGGCGACUCUAGAGAUGAAAGGAGUGAAAGAAAUGAAGGCGCUGUUAGACAUCUUAGAACUGGACUCUAGUGGUUAUGUCAGAAUACAGGUUGUGAGAGCCUUCGGUCUUAUGGAGUGGAGCGAUCCAAGAAUCCUUCGAAGUCUAAAAGAGCGGGAGAAAGGCGAAGGGGCAUUAGCAAAAGAAGCAAGAAAAACACUGGCUUAUUUAACAAGAUCCCCUGGCAAGACAUCCAUGGUUGAAUGAUUCAGACCCAAGCCCUUUUGCAGAAUUUAUCAACGAAGAUCGACUAGAUCACGCAGAACCGGUCUAGGCAUGUUAUGAAAUUUUACAAGCACAAGCUCAAUUAUUGUAAUUUUAAUUUUUUACCGGUAGACUGGUACAGUGCUUGAAAUGACAUUUCUUAAGUGUUGUCUAAAGUUUUAUUUUGUACAGCAAUAAAUUAAU